CCUCUGUCCUCAAAUUUGACUCCACGGUGUUAAGCAAUCGACAGAAUGCCGAUCAUCCUUCCAAGACACACUUUCAUUCUACCACAAUCAUGGCGCCGCCCUCGCUGCGCCUCCUCAAUCCCAUGACCGCCGUGAAGGCGAUAUGGCGGAUAUGCUACAUCUUCGUGCAGUACUUCGUCAUUGCCCUAUACAAGCCCCCUGCGCCCAAGACGGAUGGUCCACUGAAGAGCCCUUCUGGACGCAUUGCUGUCAUCGGCGCCGGACUCACUGGCGUCUCAUCCGCUGCCCAUUGUAUUGCCCACAACUUUGAAGUCACCCUCUUCGAAGCCGGCCCGCGCUCGAGCUUGGGCGGCAUCUGGUCGCACGUCAAUUCGACAAGCGGGCUGCAGCUUAACUCGCAUCUGUAUCGUUUCCACCCUGCUGUGCUUUGGAGGAACGCCUUUCCUUCGAGGGACGAGAUUCUCGGCGAGGUGAGAAGGAUUUGGCACGAGUACAAGUUGGAGAGCCGCACUCGUUUUGAGACGCGUGUCACAUCUGUCCGACGUGCUGAUGCAAAGUCAUCAUUGGGACAUCGUCAAUGGAUUAUCAACGACGACAGUGAAACACUGUAUGACGCAGUCAUCGCUACAGUUGGAACGUGCGGCAAGCCAAAAUGGAUCCACAUCGAUGGGAUGCCCAAAUCGGACAAGGGAUCUGGCUCCGACUCAGGCCAUGGGAAUGAUGCGCAAGAGAAUGGCGUAUUCACCAAACCUAUCAUUCAUUCUUCGGAACUCGAUUCCGAAUCUAUAUCAGAGGAAACGAUCAAAGGUAAACGAGUCGUCGUAAUCGGCAGCGGAGCUAGUGGGGUCGAGGCUGUCGAGACCGCACUUCAGAGGGGUGCGGGAGAGACAGUCAUACUGGCCCGCACGGAUAAGGUCAUGGAUCAUCCCUCGCAACAUUUUCUUCGAUACGUUUGUCGCAUGCCAACCUUUUGGCCGGGAGAUGCCAUUGAGGCAUAUGAGACCAGCUUUUUGUGGGAACGAUUCCUGAAAUUCACACAUUACCGUGGAGUGAAGGAGCUGAUUCCUUGGAAGACGGGUCUGUUCGAAGGCACGCCCAUCGUCAACGACGCUUUCAUGAAGCACGUGCGAGACGGGUCAUGCAAAUAUGUCCGUGGGGAUACGAUCAAGCUGACACCUUCGGGAGUGCAUGCCACGGUACGAGGGAGGGAAUCGAAACCUGGUGAUGAUGGCAAAGAAGAGAUAAUCGAUGCGGAUGUGAUCGUUCUUGCGACUGGAUUCGAGAAACCUAGCAUCGACUUUUUGGAUAACUCUUUAUUUCCUGACGGUUACGAGCGCCCCAAUCUCUAUCUGCAAAACUUUUCGACGGAGGAUUGGUCUGUGCUGAUGACCAACUCGUCUUACAUGAACGCUAUUGGAACUGUUGGACACUUCCACAUAGGAAUCUAUACUCGCAUUCUGCUCACCUUCCUUAUGGACGAGGGAUCCCGCCCUGAGAUCCAAGACAUGAAGCUGUGGGUCGAUGUGGUCCGAUUCCUGAAACGAGGAGCCAAAGGCGGGGCGCUCGGGUUCUUCACUUAUGCAGAGCUGACGAUCUGGCUGCUCUUAUUUCAUCUUCUCCGGUUGGACCGGUUGCGCUGGUUGUUUUUCAUCAUGUGUGGAUGGGGAGUGUAUCUGAAAGAUGGACAACGGGAGAAUGCAGUCGAGAAAGUGGUUGAAACGGCACACGUCUCGAAAAUUAGAAAGGAGACCGACCAUUAGAUCGUAUUAUCACCGCGCCAACCAUACGUUGAAACGAUGAAUCUCAAGAUCA